AUGAUGCUGCUGAGGCUGAAGAAGUAUUUUCCUCGUACCUCGACGGACACAAUGGCCAUGACGUUCACUGUGGUGAUGGUGCCGCUGGCCUACGUCCACGGUGUAGUCAACAUCGCCCCAGUCGUCUUUCCCACAGACCCCGCCUACACUCUGUCGGUGGGGCUCAUGACUUUCCUGCUCUUCAACACGGUGUCCAGCUACUGGCUCCUCCUGACCACGGACACCUCCUGCGGCCGCGUGGCUCUCCCGGUCAUAAAUCAGCCGGGCUAUUUCCACUGUCCCUACUGCCAGCACUAUGCACCCCCUCGCUCCCAUCACUGCCUCAUCUGUCAGCGGUGCGUUCUGCGAAGAGAUCACCACUGUUUCUUCACGGGGAGGUGUGUCGGGUUCUACAACCACCGCUACUUCUUCACGUUUCUCUUAUCCGUCACUUCCGCCGCUUUCAUGGGCGCCAUUAUGAGUUUCGUGGCAGUAUUCACACUGAUUGGAGGGUUUUCCCUCACCGUAAUCCCUGGACUGGUGUUCCCAAUGUUGGCCUGGCUCCUGGACAUCAUGCCAGUCAGUCCACUCACCAUGAUAGAGACCUCGGUGGCUCUGUUUGCCACCUGGGGCUGGGGGGCUGCUGUGUCUCCAGCUUUACCAGGCGGCUCAUGGAGAGACCUACUGGGAGUUCCAGAGAGGAGUCACUGCGUACAGACGCAGUUUCCCGGAGACAAUGAAGGAGCUGAUGGGAGAGAACUGGUGGAUCUGCUGGCUGUGUCCUCUCAUACCGUCCCGAGUCAUCGGGAACGGUGCAGACUACAAGCCUAG